UCUUUGGUCUUACGCAAGAAAAGUCGGAAAAUUUUUUACUGACGGCUGUUUCAAGUUCUCUUCAAUCUUCCAGUGAUUUUUGUGUUUUAAAGUAGGAGUACGCUAAAAAUGGCAGGUUACAUUACGCUGCGUGCUAUCUUGAGUCCUGGAGCUCGCAAAACAUUUUCCCAGUUUCUGUGCAGUAGCGGUGUUACUGUCAAUGUGUCUCGUUCUGAUACAAUCUUUAACCAGCAAGCAUUCCAAAAGAGAUUCUACGCUGAGAAGAUAGUUUUUAAGCGUGACAAACCGCAUUGCAAUGUUGGAACGAUCGGACAUGUUGACCACGGCAAAACUACCUUGACGGCUGCCAUUACAAAGGUUUUAGCUGACAAAGAUUUGGCAGAAAGUAAGAAAUACACUGACAUCGACAAUGCUCCGGAAGAAAAAGCUAGAGGAAUUACGAUAAACGUUGCCCACAUUGAGUAUCAAACGGAGAACCGGCAUUAUGGCCACACAGAUUGUCCUGGUCACGCUGAUUACAUCAAGAACAUGAUUACCGGCACAGCCCAGAUGGACGGGGCUAUCCUGGUUGUGGCUGCCACUGACGGAGCUAUGCCACAAACCAGAGAGCACUUGCUACUGGCGAAGCAAAUUGGUGUCAAUCAUAUUGUUGUGUUUAUCAACAAAGUUGAUGCGGCAGAUCAGGAAAUGGUUGAUCUUGUAGAGAUGGAAAUUCGCGAGUUAAUGAGUGAAAUGGGUUUCGAUGGCGAUAAUGUGCCGGUGAUUAGGGGAUCUGCGUUAAGUGCCCUGGAAGGAAAGAAUCCGGAGAUUGGUGCUGAUGCUGUGAUGAAAUUACUGGAUGAAGUGGAUAAAUAUGUACCGACACCGAUACGUGACUUAGAUAAGCCUUUCUUGCUGCCAGUAGAGUCAGUUCAUAGCAUACCUGGACGUGGUACCGUUGUUACUGGACGUUUGGAACGCGGAACUUUGAAAAAAGGACAAGAGUGCGAGUUUGUGGGAUAUAAUAAGGUUAUUAAAUCAACCAUUACUGGUAUUGAAAUGUUUCACAAAAUCCUUGAAGAAGCACAUGCCGGCGAUCAGUUAGGUGCUCUAGUUCGAGGUAUCAAGCGCGACGAUAUAAAGCGAGGAAUGGUAAUGUGUAAGCCAGGGUCGGUGAAGGCUAACGACAACUUUGAAGCGCAGGUGUACAUUCUGAGCAAGGAGGAAGGCGGUCGUCACAAACCAUUCACAAGCUUCAUCCAGCUGCAAAUGUUCUCACGCACAUGGGACUGUGCAACUCAGGUGCGAAUUCCAGACAAGGAAAUGGUAAUGCCCGGUGAAGACGCCAAAUUACAUCUACGCCUAAUGAGGCCAAUGGUGUUAGAACAUGGUCAACGUUUUACACUAAGAGACGGCCAUAUUACCCUAGGAACUGGUGUUGUUACUAAAGUUCUGAAUCCUUUGACUGAGAAAGAACGGAUGUCUCUGGUUGAAGGUAAGAAGGCACGAGAGAAGGCUGCCAGCGGAAAGGCAUAGACGUGCUCAUGCUUUUAAAGGCCCAAACAUAAUGUAUACCUACGUUUCAAGUUACGUUCUGGAAAUUUGAUAGUUUUUCCAUGGAUUUUCUGUUAAGUUUCCAAAAUGUUGCAACAAUCGUAUGCAUUCUGUUUGAGUCGUCAUCAUAAUAUAAUUCUUAUUUGAUAAGUCCCGAUUCAUGUUAGUAGCCUAGAGUUGGAA